AUUGAUUUGAGUAAAUGGAUAAGACUGAAUGACUUGCAGUGUGUAUAUCCAAAUGUAGACAUUGCACUUCGGAUGUACACUUGUACUCCUGCUACAAACUGUUCGGCGGAGCGAUCUUUUUCUUGUUUAAAGCGCGUUAAAAACUAUUUGCGUUCGACAAUGUCCGAAGAAAGGUUAAAUUACCAUGCAAUUCUAUGCAUCGAAAGAACAAUUUUGCAAGAUUUAGACAUUAAUUUCGUUAUUGAUGAAUUUACGCGCAGGAAGGCACGUCGUAAAGUUUUGAAAUAA